AUGAAUGGUAACGGUGUCAAGAACGGGGUUCAUAAGCAACCCGAAACUCUCAACAGAGCUGACGAGGUCGAGGAUCUUAUUGAUGCAGUCAAAUCCAUAAUAAUACCUUUUAUUCGUGCGGCGGACGAAGAGGCGCCCUAUAAAGCGACGGGCCAGCCCUCACUCAACGCUCAGGGCCUCUCAAACAACGUCCUAGUUGAUGCGUACCAGCCGGAGAAGUUGGUGAAGCAACUAGCUCUCUCCCUGCCAGAGAAGGAUGGCCGCGGAAGAGACGGUUUGCUCGAGACGAUCCAACAGGUGCUGAAGUAUAGCGUCAACACAUGGGAUCAGGGGUUCCUAGACAAGCUCUAUGCUAGCACCAAUGCUGUUGGAGUCGUAUCGGAGUUGCUCCUUUCGGUACUCAAUACAAACCUGCAUGUCUACCAGGUAUCGCCAGCCCUCACAGUCAUCGAGAAGCACACGGCCCGCGCCUUCGCCAACCUGUUCGGCUUCACUGGCCCGCGGGCGGGCGGCUUCACGGCGCAGGGCGGCAGCGGGUCCAACCUGACUUCCAUCGUCGUAGCGCGCAGCGCGCUGUACCCCGAGACCAAGACGGGCGGCAACGGGGGCCAUGACUUUGUCCUCUUCACCAGCGCGCACGGGCACUACUCUGUCGAGAAGGCCGCCGUGACCUGCGGCCUCGGCUCCGCGGCAGUGUGGACGGUGCCCGUCGACUCCGCCGGCCGCCUCCUGCCGGCGUCGCUGCGCGAGCUGGUGGUGCGCGCGCGGGCCCAGGGCAAGACGCCCUUCUACGUCAACGCCACGGCGGGCACCACGGUGCUGGGAUCGUACGACCCGUUCGAGGAGGUCUCGGCCGUGUGCCGCGAGUUCGGCCUGUGGAUGCACAUCGACGCCAGCUGGGGCGGGCCAGCCGUCUUCUCGGCCCGACACGCCCACCGCAUGAGGGGCUCCCACCUCGCGGACUCGCUGACCGUCAACCCGCACAAGAUGCUCAACUGCCCCGUCACGUGCUCCUUCCUCCUGGGCCCCGACGUCGACGUCUUCCACCGCGCAAACACCCUGCCUGCCGGCUACCUGUUCCACGCCCCCGAAGAAGCCGACCAAGCCACCGCCGCCGCCGAGCCCGAGGUCUGGGACAUGGCCGACCUGACGCUCCAGUGCGGCCGCCGCGGCGACAGCCUCAAGCUCGCGCUCAGCUGGAUCUACCACGGGGCCGCGGGCCUCGGGCGGCAGGUGGACGACGCCUUCGAGCGGGCCGCGCAGCUCGCCUCGGAGCUGGCCUCGCGCCCGGACUUUGUGCUCGUGUCGUCGUCGCCGCCGCCUUGCCUGCAGGUGUGCUUCUACCACGCGCCGGGCGGCCGGCUCUCCGCCGACGGGGAGGCGAACACGCGGCGCACGAGGCUGAUGGUCGGGAUGUUGGUGCGGAGGGGGUUCAUGGUUGAUUAUGCGCCGGGGGGGGAGAGGGGGUCGUUCUUUAGGGUUGUGGUUAAUUGCCAGACGCUGGCGGGGACGGUUGAUGGGCUGGUUAGGGCGCUGGUGGAGGUCGGGAGGGAGGUGGUUGUUGAGUGA